GAGUGUAAUAUAACCAAACAAUGUACAAUUCUUGCAAUCGCGUAUGCAUUAUCGACAGAUUUCAGGCAAAUGCUUGUUUGUUUUUCAUAUGAAAUAAAUUGUAAAUAAUAACUAAAUAGGGUUUCCCGUGACUCAUACACCGUACUUAGCAACUGCAUCAAGACAUCUAUAUCAAGAUGUCGAUGCCACACAGCAGUUCCAGUACGACAAGUUCUAGUACAAAACGCAAGGAAAUUUACAAAUACCAAGCACCAUGGCCACUUUACUCCAUGAACUGGUCAGUACGGCCAGACAAAAGAUUCCGCUUAGCCUUAGGCAGCUUUGUGGAAGAAUAUAAUAAUAAGGUGCAAAUCAUAUCACUGGAUGAGGAGACAAGUGAGUUUGGUCCGAAAUCGACGUUUGACCAUCCAUACCCCACCACCAAGAUCAUGUGGAUCCCAGACAGCAAGGGGCAAUACCCAGACCUUCUGGCUACCAGUGGUGACUAUCUCAGAAUAUGGCGUGCAGGAGAACCCUACACUCUCUUUGAGUGUGUCCUGAAUAACAACAAGAACUCUGAUUUCUGCGCCCCACUCACCUCUUUUGAUUGGAAUGAGGUUGAUCCCAACCUCAUUGGGACAAGCAGCAUUGACACCACCUGCACUAUAUGGGGGCUGGAGACGGGACAGGUGCUGGGGAGAGUUAAUGAGGUGUCUGGACAUGUGAAGACACAGUUGAUAGCUCAUGACAAGGAAGUGUACGACAUCGCGUUUAGCCGCGCGGGCGGCGGGCGCGACAUGUUCGCGUCGGUGGGCGCCGACGGGUCCGUGCGCAUGUUCGACCUGCGCCACCUAGAGCACUCCACCAUCAUAUACGAGGACCCGCAGCACACGCCGCUGCUGCGGCUGGCGUGGAACAAGCAGGACCCGAACUACCUGGCCACCGUGGCCAUGGACGCGUGCGAGGUCAUCAUCCUGGACGUGCGCGUGCCCUGCACGCCCGUGGCGCGCCUCAACAACCACCGCGCCUGCGUCAACGGCAUCGCGUGGGCGCCGCACAGCUCAUGCCACAUAUGCACAGCGGGCGACGACCACCAGGCGCUGAUCUGGGACAUCCAGCAGAUGCCGCGCGCCAUCGAGGACCCCAUCCUCGCCUACACGGCGGCCGAGGGCGAGGUCAACCAGAUCCAGUGGGGCGCCACGCAGCCCGACUGGAUCGCCAUCUGCUACAACCGGCACGCCGAGAUACUCCGCGUCUAGGCCACC